GCUGCGCCCCGGAGAGGCUGCCGCUGUCCCCGUCCCCCCAGGCGCGGCCUGAGAGCCGAGAGCGGGCGCGCGGGCCGGGGGAGGGGAGAGCGGCAGAGGAAGCCGCGGGAGGGAACAGGGGGCCACUGUCUCCUUGGAAAAGAAGGGAGGAGCCCUGGGUGGGAAGAGCGAAGGGAGCCCUCCCAGCUGCGCGUCGCGAAAAGUUUUCCCAGGGCGUCGCGUCUGUGCCAACUCGGCCGGAGGCGCCCGGGACCGCGCUGCCGGCGUGGCGGCUGUGCCUGCGCGCCUCGCCCCUCGCCCCUCGCCGCGCUGCCCCCCCUUCCAGCCCGGGCGGCUCCGCUCCCUCCGCGACAGGCGCCAGAGGGCUCCCCGGUAGCCCCACGGGGCGGGGGCUGCAGCGCCGCCUCCUGCCGCCGCGGCUGCCGGCGGCGGCGCUGCCCGCGGGCCGGGAGCCGCGCCCGCAGGUGGAAGCGCACCCCGGGGGCGGGCCCGGGGCCGGGGGCGGCUCGGGCGGGCUCCGCGCGCGCGGCCGGCCCCGCUCGGGCCUCGGGAGGGCGUGCGUCCCGCCCUGACCCGCCGGCCUCUCCCCUUCCAGCAGUGACGCGCCGCCUCGGAGCCGGAGCGCGCGCAGCGCCCCGCCGGCCGAUGGAGCGCCGAGCCCCGCGCGCGCAGGACGCCCCGGCCGCGCUCCCGCCGGCGGCCCCCGCAGGGAGAAAACCCAAAGCCAAGGCACCACUUCCUCCAGCUGAGACCAAAUACCUUGAUGCCUCUUCAGUUGAUGAUUCUGUAGAAUCCUCUGCUUUUCUCAUGGAACAGAAAGAAAACAUGAUAGAUAAAGACAUUGAACUCUUGGUGGUUCUACCUGGGGAUAUUAUCAAAUCUACUACUGUUCACGGCAGUAAACCUAUGAUGGACUUGUUGAUAUUCCUCUGUGCACAGUAUCACUUAAAUCCAUCGAGUCACACAAUUGAUCUGCUGUCAGCUGAAAAGAACCCCAUUAAAUUUAAGCCAAACACACCAAUAGGAAUGUUGGAGGUGGAAAAAGUAAUUUUAAAGCCAAAGAUUUUGGAUAAGAAAAAAACUAUACCUAUAAUACCAGAGCAAACUGUGAGAGUAGUGAUCAAUUUUAAGAAAACGCAGAAGACUAUAGUGAGAGUUAGCCCACAUGCACCACUUGAAGAACUUGCCCCCAUUAUAUGCAGCAAAUGUGAGUUUGAUCCAUUACAUACACUGUUAUUGAAGGACUAUCAGUCUCAGGAGCCCCUAGACAUGACAAAAUCUCUUAAUGACCUGGGACUAAGAGAAUUAUAUGCCAUGGAUGUCAGCAGAGCCACUUCUGUUACUGCCUUCAAUAAGUCAUCUUUACAAGAGUCCUGCCAAAUAUCACAAAACCUAGACCUUAUGAAGGAUAAAGAAAAUAAAGGGUUUUUCAGCCUUUUUCAACGCAGUAAGAAAAAGCGGGAGCAAACUGCCAGUGCCCCUGCAACUCCUCUAGUAAGUAAGCAUCGUCCAGCUUUUACGAGGAGCAAUACCAUUACCAAACCGUAUAUUUCAAACACCCUGCCAUCGGACGCACCCAAGAAGAGGCGCGCGCCCCUGCCUCCGAUGCCCGCGUCUCAGAGCGUGCCGCAGGACCUUGCUCAGCUCCAGGGGAGGCCAGCUUCCUGUGUGGUGAAAUCCACAAGUAUGGAUGAAACAGAGGAGAGUUCCUACGGAGCAGGCAGAGUGAGGGCGGGCUCUCUGCAGCUUAGCAGCACAUCCGCUGGGAAUUCAUCUUUGAAAAGGACAAAGCGAAAAGCACCAUCUCCACCUUCCAAAACAGCCCUGCAACAAAGUGAUGAAAAUAGUCAUGUAACUGCCCUGGAGUCGGUACCUGCAAUUCCUACAGACAGUGUUUUAGAAGCAAACUCUUCUGAGGGCCUGUCCAGCCCAGAAGCCUCCCUUGGCCCUGGUCUCCCUGGUCACGAACAGUGCGCUGCGCUCCAGCUGCCGGCGGAAGCCCCCCUCUCGGAGAGCCCUGGAACACCCGAGGCGGCCCCCGCGUCUCUGCCACCUGGAAUAAGCUCUGAUUACAGCCUUGAAGAGAUAGAUGAAAAGGAGGAACUGAGUGAAGUGCCUAAAGACGAGGCUGAAAACACUUCUCUGAAGUCACAAGACAUUCCUACUGUAUCUACUGAUAUAAUAAAUACACUGAAGAAUGAUCCUGACUCAGCCCUUGGCAGUGACACUGGAGAGUCCUCACAAAACUCCAAAGGAGAGAAACAAGGAAGUAGAAACACAGAUGGACAAGACCCACACAUUAUGGUAUGUAAUUCAAGCAACGAAGAGAGGGUAGUUGACAGUGUAAGAAACCUGAAGUCACCAGGCCCAAACCAGGAGAAUGUAGAUCAAAAUGAAAUAAUUGUCAUUCCAACAAGCACAGAAAAUAAUAUGAAAAAUGGAGUGAGGAGGACAGAAAUCAACGUAGCAGGUGUUGCCAAAAAUAACAAUGUGGACAUGGAAGUUGACAGACUAUCAAACUAUCAGGCAUAUAAAACUGAUAUUGCUAGAAGUUACAAGGAAAAUCAUCUUGCUGCUUCAUCAGCACCAGAUCAAAAACUGAUUCAGCCUUGUGCAGAAAAGACAAAAAUGCAAGAUGCAGCAAUUCAGACAACCCCUUCCUGUGACAAUCUGGAUGGGAAUCACCAAGAUCAUAAUUUGUCUGAUGUCAAAGUUGAUGAAAGUGUGCAAACUUCAAGUAAUAACAAAUCAACGCAACACUCAACUUCAAGCCCACAAGAUUCUGUAGAUAUCUCAAGAGAAUUUGGGAGUCAGGGCCCCCUAAUUGAACAUAGAGACAAGCACCUCACCAUAAAAGAUCCAAUUUGUGCACAUGGUAAUGACGAUCCUUUGCCUCCUGUAGAUGGGAGUGAUAAAAAUUCAACAGCUUCUUAUAUAAAGAAUUAUCCAUUUUACAGACAAGAUUAUAACCCCAAGCCAAAACCUUCAAAUGAAAUUACAAGAGAGUAUAUACCCAAAAUUGGGAUGACUACUUACAAAAUAGUGCCUCCCAGAUCCCUAGAAAUGUUGAAAGAUUGGGAAUCAGAAACCGUAGGGUAUGAAAAUGAUCAGGAGAUACAUACUUUAGAAAAAAAGGACACUCAUGAGCAUGUGAAAGUAACUGCAACUGAAACAGAAGACCUUGUUAUUUCUGAAAGCCCAAAGGAGCCCCAAGCAGACCUGAAACCAAAGCCUACCCUGAGAACAGAGCAUCAGGUGCAAAGUGAGGAGAGCGUUACCCACAGCACAGGGGAAAAUCCUCUGAAACCUACUCCCAAAGUGAUGAGAGACACUGGCAUAGCUCCUUUUGUGCCUAAUUUGGAAGAUAUAAACAAUAUUUUGGAGUCAAAACUCAAAUCUCGGGUUUCAAAUCCCCACUCCAAACCAAGUUCUUUUUUCUUGCAGAUGCAAAAAAAAGUUUCAGGUCAUUAUGUAACAUCUGCAGCUGCCAAAAAUGUUCAAGUUGCCCCUAAUCCUACUCCAAAGGAAUUAAUAAAGAAAGAGGUGGAAAGGGAUACAAUACCUCCUCCAGAGCCAGCUCUUUCUGCCUUAAGUAAAACUAGUCACUCUCCUCCACAGCCACACAUUCAAAACACUGAUGAGGACAGCAAUCAGAAGCCUACUGUAGCCUCUCCCCCUCCCCUGGCCUCUCCCCCUCCCCUGGCCUCUCCCCCUCCUCUGGCCUCUCCCGCGGCCUCUCCCCCUCCCCUGGCCUCUCCCGCUCCCGUGGCCUCUCCCCCUCCCCUGGCCUCUCCUGCCCCCAUGGCCUCUCCCCCUCCCCUGGCCUCUCCCCCUCCUGUAGCUCCCAAACCUGUUCCACUUCCCAAGAGUCAGUUAGCAACACUUAACCUGAAGACUCUGAAAACUUUUGGUGCCCCUCGACCAUACUCCAGCUCUGCUCCUUCCCCGUUUGCCCUCGCUGUGGUGAAACGGUCACAGUCUUUCAGUAAAGGCCGUACAGAGUCAUGCAGUGAAGCUGCCAGGGGUGCAUCCGUCCGAACUCCAACUGACGCAGAGGAAGGGAAGAUUCCUUCUGUAAAUACAUUUGUGGACAUCCCACAACCAGGUGGGAGUGAUAAGGAAAACAACUCUGCACAUGAUGAACAGAAUCUUCAAACACCAUCUCCGACUGACUGCCCAUCAUUCACCCUUAAGAGACAAAGUUCUUCGACAUUCCAAAGCUCUGACCCAGAACAGAUCCGACAGAGUUUGCUGACUGCAAUUCGUUCUGGAGAGGCUGCUGCCAAAUUGAAAAGGGUUACAGUUCCAUCAAAUACAGUAUCUGUGAAUGGAAGGUCAAGAUUCAGCCAUUCCAUGUCCCUUGAUGCCCAGGAUGGCCAUUAAAUGUUGCCCUGCUGUGCCGCACUUCACCACCUCUGCUGCACAGAACAACUUCAGUAGAAGAAUGUUAGCAAAUGUAUAUUCAGAUGUACACUAAUAUAUUAUCUAUUAAAGCAUAAGAAUUUGUGCUGUGGCCUUUAAUGCCAAAAGGAGAAUUACCAGAAUUUAUAAUUUAUAAUAAUAUGUUUGGCCUUUUUUGCCUUAAGAACUGAAUAUGCUGCUUUAGAACUUUAAGACAAGGUGUUAAUGACUUUCACAUUUUUUCAAAUGAGAAAUAGUCACCUUUUGUUGAUUUCACUUAUUGACACAUUCUCUACAAUGGUGACUUAGACAAAAGGAUAAAUUAGGAUUCAUAGACAUAUUUGUGUGACACAUAAAUAACUAGGCAAACAUAGAUCUGACAUUUGCUGCCUCAGUGUUACAGAUUUAAUUGGAAAUAUUUAUACGUUAUAUUAAAGCCUAUUUGUGAUGAAAGUAUGAUCUAGAAAACUAAUGAUAUCAAAUAAGUAUAUUCAGUUUAACAGUUAAUUUCAAUGAUGAAUCACUUAGUGUGCAAGUCUUAUCUUGUGUAUUCUUUAUGUAAUUACAAAAUCAGUGUCAAGUUUAUGGAAAAGCUUAUGGCAUUUUAAUAUCUUAUUAACAUGAACACUUAGUUUUUUUAAUCUUUAGAACUUAAAUUGCACAAGGAGAAUUUUAAAUAUUUUCUGUAUAUAAUUAUAACAUUAUUGUCACACAGAUAUUACACGUUUUAUGUGCCAGAAGCCUUAAAAAAUCUUCCUGUGAAAAUGUUGAUAUAUUGUGACAAUUAUUUCAAAUUCGAUAUGUAAAAAGGAAUAGGGGUUAGUUUAUGUCCAUAUUGGAAAACUUUAAAGACUACUUGGAGGUUUCAGAAAUCCUGGUUUUAAUUAAAGUGAUAAAAUCAUUAUGUAGUUCAGAUGCUAAUAUUCUAAAUAAUAAUAUAUAUUUACAUUAAAGCUAAAAAUGUUAAGCAAAACAGUGCCUAAUUUGUUGGCUUAUAACUGUCCUGGGGUCUAGAACUUGUUGAUAUUCUGUUCCUGCUUAAGAAUUUAAUUGCCCACUUAUUCUAAAAGCCUUGUCAAACAAACUGAUGUUAUGUUGGUUUUUACUAAAGCUACUGGGAUAUCUGCCUCUUUGGAGAAUGUGUUGAUUUUUCCCCUGUUUAAUAAAAGCAAGUUAUAUAUUUGG